AGGUAUCGAGUACAAGUGCAUGCCAACAACAAUGCGCGCAUUGUGCAUUUGUUUUUCGCUUAUAAAAAAUCCAUAAAUAAUACAAUUUUCGUGCGCGAAACAAAGCGAAAAAUACUCGAAAAGCACGCGUACAUGUGAUCAACUAUGUGCGCGUCGAAACUGCAGCAUUAUUGUUAAACGAAAAGCAAAUAAAAAGUGAAUCAGAACACGAACGCACACAUACCAAAACCUCGACACACACACAUACACCUGUACAACCCGUCGCACCCCGACCGCGCUCUGAAACCAGUAAUAAGUGCAAGUGAAGCAGCAACAACAAAACGGCAAGCAGGCAGCAGCAAUUGGGAAAAAGCUGCAACAAAGCUGCAGAAAGAAAGGGAACAAAGCGCAACAACGAGAACGACAACGACAAGCAAAAGUGGAAGUGCAGCUCCACCCCCAAUUUGGUGUUGCAGCGGCAGCAGCAGCAGCAAUAACGACAAAACAGCAGUCUCGCUAUGGCGCAGCUCUAACAACGACAACAUAACAAUAACAACAGCAGCAACAACAACGGCAACCGCACGCUUCGCUGCCCUCGCGAGUCGCGACAGCAAUUCAGUCAUCGACAUCGCUGCGCGCUGCGUUUGAAAUCAUUAGACACCAAUUUAGUAGUAAUUUGCUGGUAACGGAGAAGAAAAAUCAAAAAUCGACAGCGACUUCGACAUAAUUAAUUCAUUCGUCAAAAUGGAGUUAAAAGUUUGGGUCGAGGGCAUUCAGCGUAUUGUGUGCGGCGUAACUGUGAAUACAACCUGUCAGGAUGUGGUGUUUGCCUUGGCCCAUGCAACUGGCAAAGUGGGACGAUUCACGUUAAUCGAACGUUGGCGCAAUAAUGAGCGACACUUGGCUCCCAAUGAAAAUCCUAUGAAGCUGCUGCUUAAAUGGGGCGAGUAUGCAAAUGAUGUGCAAUUUAUAUUGCAACGUUCCGAGAACAAGCAGCAGUCAUCGCAGCCACAGCAACAACAACAGCAGCAGCAGCAGCCACAACAGCAGCAGCAGAUCAACAACAACAAUAACAAUUAUGCUGUUAUGACCACAAAAAAACCGCUGGGCCCAAGCAACAAUAACAACAACAAUAAUGAGAGUAAAUUACCUAUGCCCUCGUUGCAAAAGCAAAAGUCCAGCGUGGAAUUGAGCUAUCGCACAAAGGAAUUGAAGAAAAGUUUUGGCGGAUACGAUGCCAAACAAUUCGAUAAUAUUGGCAUAGUUAAAGGCAUUCCACAGCAACAGCAGCAGCAACUGCUGCUGCAGCAACAACAACAUCAGCAGCAGCAGCUGUUGCCGCCAAGUCAAGCGGCUCCGUUGGUACCCAAGCAUGAGAAAUCGCUAUCGAAUCCAUUGGAUAUGACAAGCAGCAGCAGCAAUGCGCCCGCUUUAAAUGACUACAACGAUUUCUACAACAACAACAAUAGCAGCAGCAACAACAGCAGCAGCAGCAAUGGCAAUAAUAAUAGCAAUCAGCACAUCUAUAGUCAGCUGAGCAAAUCCAGCAGUGAACUGCGUCGAGCCAGUCCAAAUGAAUUGUGCUACAACAACAAUAAUAGUAACAACAAUAAUAUUAACAACAACAGCAGCGAGCAUUUAUGUGACAUUUAUGCCAAUAGCAAUAUUAGCAACAAUAACAAUAAUAACUCGCCAGAGUUGUAUAAACAAACACCAACGAUUUCAUCAAAUGGAGCUUUAGUACCGCCACCAUAUCGCGAUCCGCCGCCUCCACGUGGCAGUCCCAUGUGCCAGAGCCAACGCUUGCCACCCAGCAGCAAUUCAGAGACCAUAUCUAAUGCAUCUUCGUCAACAAAUCCGUUUCUCAGCGACUACGAACAACAUAACAUUAACAAUAACAACAACAACAACAAUAGUGGCAACAACAGCGUUAAUAAUCAGUGCAUGGAUGAAGGCGAAAGCAUGUUCCAGGCAACGCAAUAUAAUGAUCUGUUGCAGCUAAUCAAGUUUCAGCGCGAGAAAAUCACAGCACAGCAAUUGGAGCUGCAAAAGUUUGAUACGGAAAUCGUUUACCUAGAGAGCAGGGAGCGAGAUCAUGCGCAUGAAUUGGAAGCCAUAUCACGUGAAAUAUCCAAGGCGGAUCAAAUCUUUCGACAGGGCAGCGAGCAGUUGCAAACAUUGCAAUAUGUGGAGGAGGAAAAUGAAUUGGUUAAACAGCAGGAGAAGACACUUAAAUCUGAGAUUGCGCUGCUACGAUCAAAGCUGGCAAACUGCGAGACGGAAUUACUGCAAUGCAAAAACAAAAUGCGUUUGCUAAUGGAUGACAUAGAACUAGAACAGCAACAGCAAACUAACAGCAGGCAAACUGUGGAGCGUGAUUUUCUAAUGGAAAUGGAACGCAUACAAAGCGAUAUAGAUCAAGCGCUCCACAAUACGGAUUCAUCGAACAAAACGGCCGAUAACCUGAAGAAGGAGCUGCUGAUGAUUGAACAUGCCAUUGCAGAGAAGAAACGUCAAGUUGAGCAGUUGGUCAACGAGAUGAAAGAGGUGAACUUACAGAGUCUGACCGUGACUACCACCGAGGAAAUUAAGCAUUUGCUAGAAGGACCCAAUAAGCAGGGUAGCAGUCGCCGUAUCAUUGGCUCUCCGCGUCAACUGGAAACGGCUGUGCCAACCAGCAAGAAUCCGCAUGGCGUUUGGGUUUGAACUAAACAUUUACAAAGCAACGAAGUAUUUUUCUACAAGUAACUCUAACUCUAACAACAAAACUUGGGGAACAAAGACGAGGAAAUGAUUUACAUAUCUCUUGUAUGCACAGAGCAACAGAAUAGAAAUCGCGGAUUGAUAGCCUCUAUAUGUACUUACUUAUAUAUAUCUUAAUUUUUAAAAACACAAAGACACAAAUUUACAACGAUACACGAAUGCAUAUUUUAUUCUUCCAAAAUACCUAAUGGAUCUCUAAAGCAAUGUUAAUUGUUACAAAUUUAUGUACACCUACGCACAUUCCACACAUUUAUUUACAAACUAGAGCACAAAUUAUAUUAGACUUUUAUAUUAUUAACUUGACUAGAUGAAUUUCGAUAUCACACGGUUAUCAAAUCUAAACCACAAAAUCAUUCCACAAAUUACUAAUAAUUUUGAUGUACUUACAUUGUGUGCUAUAUCUAUUGAUUUUAACAUAAAUAUGCAUAUUAUUAUUAUAACAAAUUUUUUAUGUUGCUAGUCUAUAAAAAAUGUUUUCAAUCAUCAUUCACAAUGCGCCAUUAGUUGUUAAAUGAAAUGAAACGAAACGUAAAUUGUUGCAAUAAUUGAAUAUUAGAAAACUAUAAAUGCCUUUUAAUACAUUUAAGUUGUGCUGUUAGUGAUCAUAUUUUUCACAUUUCAUAAUAACUAAUAAUAUACAUUUUGGAUAAUAAGAACUAUUGUACUAGAUUAUCUUAUAACUAUUGUACUUAGCACUUAGCGCAGCUUUAGCAAAACAAACGUAGCAAUGCUUUGUUGAAAAUGUUUCAAAUGUUUUGAAUGUGUUUAGAAAACACAAAACAAUAGAAUGCAAUUGAAAAAACAAUGUUAAACAGUUAGUUCUUAUGCAUAUUUGUAGCUUUUAAUGCAAAAUGCAGCAAAACGAAAGACAUUCUCUUCACUUUAGUAAUAUUUUAAAAUAAAAUAAUUAAGCAAAGAAAGCAUGGCACUAAUUUUGUUGCCUCGGGCUAAACAGCAACAGCAAUAUACAUACAUAUGUUUAUUAUAUACAUAUAAUACACAUAUAUAACUAUUUAAUUAACUAAAAGAAACAUUUUUAGAACAAAUUCUAAUUGCAUUAUUAUCUAUUAGCUAAUAAACAACACAUUUUUUAUGUUUUUUUUCUCCGAAU